AUCCAAACAUCAACUCAUCAACUCUACACUAAUACUUAAUCAACACAACUACCACUUCCAAACUUCAACAACACAACCUCCAAACCAUCAACAUGAAGUUCACCACCGCUGCCGCCGCUGCCUCCAUGGCCGCUCUCUCCUCCGCCCUUCCCCAGGCGUCCUCUCCCUUCCCUCGCCCCGAGGCUGGUGACGUCUUCCGUCUGAUGUCUCUCCGCAGCGCCACCCCCAUCCAUUACGGUGCCGUCCAGGCUCGUGAAGGCAGCCUCGUCAUCAACUCGCCCGACGAGAACAACAAGACCUGCAUCGUCAACGGCGACCGCGACAACGUCACCAACGGCAUCAACUACGCUUCCUUCACCCUCGACCAGGAGACCGGCAGCGUCAACAUCUACACCUUCAACCCCCCUCUCGAGCUGUACGUCGACCGCAGCGGCAUGGGCAAUGGCAACGUCCGCUACACCACCGGUGUCGAGCCCAUCGGCAAGAACCAGGAGCGCGGCCCCUUCAAGAUCAACGAUGACGGUAACCUUGUCUUCGCUGCUGGUGGCCUUUCUGGCGACAUUGGCUUCCAGGCCUGCCCCGGCGCUGUUGGCGGUGGCUGGAAGAUCUGGCUCUCUGGUGUCGACAAGCCUGCUGGUUCUGAGGGAUGCACUCCCUUCACCAUGAAAGCACUUAAGGAGACCGAGCCCAAGAAGUGCCUCUACUCCUCUGCUCCCGCUUAAAUAUCUGAGCUUGUAGAGAAGUUUAGGGAGUGUGUAUAUUGAUAGUCUUGGAGACGGGACUUUUUGUUUUCUAUUGUGUAUAUAUGAUCGCAUUAAAGCAUCUGCAUAGCCUUUUGUUUAUAUUCAGCUAGAAUUGGAAAUGAUAAUGUUCAUCCAAAAAAA